AUGGCACCCACCAUCCCUGAGAAGCAGUGGGCCCAAGUGGUCGAAAAGAAAGGCGGCCCACCAAUCUAUAAACAAAUCCCCGUCCCAAAGCCCGGCCCCGACGAAGUCCUCGUCAAAAUCCGAUACACCGGCGUCUGCCAUACCGACCUGCACGCAAUGAAUGGCGACUGGCCACUGCCCCUCAAGCUCCCCCUUGUAGGCGGACACGAAGGAGCAGGCGUCGUCGUCGCCAAGGGCGAACUAGCUCGGGGGAUCGAAAUCGGCGACUACGCCGGCAUCAAGUGGCUCAAUGGUUCGUGUCUGUCAUGCGAGUUCUGCAAGACCUCGGAUGAGCCCCUCUGUGCUGAGGCCCAGCUGUCGGGUUACACGGUCGACGGCACUUUCCAACAGUAUGCCAUUGGCAAGGCCGCCCACGUUUGCAAGCUGCCUAAGGAUGUUCCUCUCGAUGCCGUGGCGCCUAUCCUCUGUGCCGGUAUUACUGUUUACAAGGGUCUGAAGGAGUCUGGCGCGCGUCCUGGUCAGACGGUUGCUAUUGUUGGUGCCGGUGGUGGCCUUGGCUCUUUGGCUCAGCAGUAUGCUAAGGCGAUGGGACUGCGCGUUAUUGCUAUUGAUGGUGGUGAUGAGAAGCAUGCUGAGUGUGAGUCACUUGGCGCGGAGACUUUCGUUGAUUUCACCAAGUCAAAGGAUCUCGUAGCUGAUGUCAAGGCCGCUACUCCGGGAGGUCUGGGCGCCCAUGCUGUGCUUCUACUCGCUGUCUCCGAGAAGCCUUUCCAGCAGGCUAUUGACUAUGCACGACCCCGUGGUGCAGUUGUUGCCAUUGGCCUUCCUGCACACGCCUUCCUCAAGGCUCCUGUUUUCGACACAGUCGUGAAGAUGAUCAGAAUCAAGGGUAGCUAUGUCGGAAACCGUCAGGAUGGUGUUGAAGCUGUGGACUUCUUUGCUCGUGGUCUGAUCAAGGUGCCGUUCAAGACCGCUCCCCUCAAGAAAUUGCCGGAGGUCUUUGAGCUCAUGGAGCAAGGCAAGAUUGCCGGCCGCUACGUGCUCGAGCUGCCCGAGUAA